UUUCCAUUGCUUUUAACGUUCUCUUUUUAUCUUCCUCUCGUCUCCCCAUUCCAUCACUGUUCAUUAUCAUCAUCACUAAUGGACAAGACAUCGUUCUCAAGUUGCAACAAAGGAAAGCCGAUUAGAUGCAAAGCAGCGAUAUGUAGAAAAGCAGGAGAAGCAUUGGUGAUAGAAGAGAUCCAAGUUGAUCCACCUCAAGCUUACGAAGUUCGUAUUAAAAUCAUAUGUACAUCUCUAUGUCACACCGAUAUCACUUUCUGGAAAUUAACCCAUGGUCCUCGUGCAAAGUUCCCUAAGAUUCUAGGACACGAAGCAGUCGGUGUCGUCGAGAGCAUAGGAGAACAUGUGGACGGAUUUAAGCAAGGCGACGUCGUUUUACCAGUGUUUUACCCUCAGUGCGAGGAAUGUAAAGACUGUAAAUCCCCAAAGAGCAACUGGUGCGCGAGAUUUUGCGACGAUUUCCUGUCAAACACGAGACGAUACGGAACAAGCUCUAGAUUCAAAGACUCCUCCGGUGAAAUUAUUCACCACCAUAUCUACGUAUCUAGUUUCUCUGAAUAUACAGUUGUAGAUAUCGCCCAUCUCGUCAAAAUCUCCCCUGAGAUCCCCGUUCACAAAGCGGCUUUGCUCAGCUGUUGCGUGUCCACAGGAGUUGGAGCGGCUUGGAAGGUGGCUGGUGUGGAGGAGGGUUCCACCGUUGCCAUUUUUGGCCUUGGUGCUGUUGGACUUGCGGUUGCAGAAGGAGCCAGGUUGCAUGGGGCCUCAAAGAUCAUCGGUGUGGAUCUUAAUCCUGACAAAUUUGAAAUAGGUAAAAGAUUCGGCAUCACGGACUUUGUCAAUACGGCUUCAUGUGGGGAGAAGACAAUAAGCCAAGUGAUUAAAGAAAUGACAGGAGGGGGAGUUGACUAUAGUUUUGAAUGCAUUGGUUUAGCUUCCUUGAUGGAAGAGGCUUUCAAUAGCUCCCGCACGGGUUCGGGGAAGACGGUAAUAUUGGGGAUGGAGAAGAACGCUUCGCCAAUAAGCUUAGAUAGUCGCGCUAUUAUCAGAGGUAGAAGUGUCCACGGAAGUUUGUUUGGUGGUCUAAAACCCAAACUUGAUAUCCCCAUUCUCGUCGAUCGUUAUUUGAAAAAGGAGCUUAAUUUGGAUGGUUUUAUCACACACGAGAUAAGCUUUGAAGAAAUUAACAAGGCUUUCGAUUUACUGGUGGAAGGGAAUUCUAUACGCUGCAUUAUGUGGAUGGAUAAAUAAUUACUAACUGUAAAUUCUGUUGAUCCAUCCAUGUUCUUGAAUAUGGCUGGGAAAAAAUAUGUUUUUACUGAAAUAUCGCAAUUUAUCAUAUGUAAUUUCAUUUGUUGGCUAUUGUUUUCGUAUGUUAUUACCUCUU